CCUAUACACAGUAUAUGUUAGAAAACUAAUUCCGUUUUAGGUCACCAUCACAUACAGCUUGCUUGAUCAACUGUUACUCCUGAGCCGUUCAAGCACUUGCCAGCAACUCCUCAUGCACCUGCGCAUUUCUCCUCCAUUUUCAACUUCCGGUUUCCGGUGUAAACAACAAAGUUGGUAGGAUGUUGGAUGUUGCAGUUGGUACAACUUAAACUCGAAGUUUAAAGUUGUCGAACGUUAGUCAUCAGUCUGGUUGCUGAGGAGUAAACAAGGAUGAAGUUCUAUGUGCAUACAGAAGAUCCACCCUUCACCAUGGUUGUCAGAUGGAAUGAAAAUGAUGACAAAUGUUUGCAGAAUCUUGUAGAUAUUUUCUGGAGCAAUUUCAAAUCAAAAUACCCAGAUGUGGAGGGAAGAAUUGAUAAAUCAACAGUUAAAAUAUGGAAAGGGACAAAGGCAUUAGACUUGUCUAGCAAAGUUUUACAAAAAGUGAAAAAUAUGGAUGACAUAUAUAUAAAGUGGAUGACAAUGCCACAUGAGAACAAGAAGGAACGAAAUGCAGAGAAAGUUCCAUCUGAAACUGUUGAACCAUCCUCUUCGAAGAAUUCAGUAAAUGCAGAUAAUGUAUCUGAAAAGAACCACUCUUUAAAGAAAAUGGAUUCUUCAUACUCAGUGUCAGAAUUACUAGAAUUAGCUGAUGCCUUGUCUUCUAAAUGCCGAAUCCAGCAUGCCAUUGUUUUAUACAGUGAUAUCCUCAAAAAAGAACCCAACAACCAAUCUGCUAUCAUUGGCAUUGCUGAUUGCUAUCUACAAGCUGGGAGACCCAAUAAAGCACUAUCAUGUUUGAAACAAGCACAAAAAGUAAAGGACACAGCUUUCAAACUUGGACAAUGCUACUUUAAGCUGGGCGAGUUUGAUAAGGCUGUAGAAACAUUGAUGGGGUAUUGUAAGGAACUGCGGAACAGAGGGGGGACUUCAGCAGCUCAUAAACAGGAUGUCCAGGUUUGGCUUGCUAGAGCGUAUGUUGGGAAAGGCCAAAAAGAUAUGGCUUUGGUAGUUUUACAGGGCGUAUUGAGGGAAAACCAGGAACAUUUAGAUGCCUUGACAGAGUAUGCUCCCCUGAUUUUUCCUCUGGGUCCUAAACAAAAGGAGGAGGCCAUGACCAUCAUGCUGACUGUGCUGGUCAACAAACGAGAUGAUAAUUAUGUGAAAGAAAAAUUUGCCUUUUUGUGUCAACAAGAACAUGGAAUGCAGGUGUUAGAGAGCAUGUCAGGCCAGGCUUGGAGUGAUGUCCCUGCUGUUGUUUUUAUGGCAACUAGUCUUCGUGAUGUUGGAGCUAUUAAGGAGGCUGAAGCAUUACUGAAGCAUGCUAACAUGCUGCAGCCAGAAAAUCCCCACACUUUGUUAACUUAUGUUCAUACUCUAGAGCUGGUUGAAAAACAUACAGAAGCUGUCCAAGAAAUUAUUACCUACAUAACUCGAUGGCCAGAUAAGGAAAUAGGGAACUUUAAGAUUGGAGCUUUACUGCCAAUCAUGAAUCACUUCCAUGGUGAUGUAUACCUUAAUGUUCCAGAAGCAGAUUUGCCCAACAAUUCAGUUUCCACAGUAACUACAGCUGAACCGUAUCCUGAGGAUGUUAACUAUCUACUGGCUGUUAUCUUUACUUUAGUCAAGAUUCUGUUCAUCAAAGGAGCAUUAGCCUUCAUAAAACCAAUCACAAGUUUGAUAGAUCCACUGACAAAGGGGCAUGAACUCCACAAAACAAACAUAAGAAAUGAGGCUGCCUACUUCUCAUGCAUUAACCAGUUGCAGGAAGUGAGAGUCGAUGUCAACCACGUAGUUUCCUGUGAUCAGUAUGUAUACUUUGUAGGAGACAGCCAUUGUGUUCCACCAGCAUGGCAGCCCAUCCAGUUCAAGGCAGAGGAGAAGAUAAUCCACCCGAUCUUGUCUACAGGGACAAAAAUCUGGCAUCUACGGGAGGAGAGCAUAUUUUAUCCUAAACACAACUUUAAUUCAGCAAUAAGCAAGAUUCCUGAUGGUGCAACAACAGUGUUUUGUUUUGGAGAGAUUGAUUGCAGAGAAGCUCUUCUGCUGUGUAUGGAAAAAGCCAAAUAUGAUAGCUUAGAGGAAGGAAUGGACCGGGUGAUAGAAAUCUAUGUUGAUCUGUUGACAAGGUUACAGAGUCUCCAUCACUGGGACGUUUAUGUACACCCUGUGUUACCUGUACUAGAUUUAACCAGGGCUUUGGUUAUGCAGUUUAACCAGAGAAUGAUGAAAAAAUUGUCCAAUACCAGUCUUAAAUGGCUAGGUUUUGUGGACAGUCUGCUGACUAAGGAAAGUGGAGAACUUAAACUAAAGAAACAAUAUGAGUUUGAUGGGACACAUGUUCAUCCCUGUUACCUUGAAGUUUUACAGAAAUCUCUACAGAAUCAGGCUUGACUUGUUACCUAGAAGUAUUAGAGAAUUCUCUAGCAGAGGGUCUGACUUUGAGUUUUUAGAGAAGUGGGUGUGACUUUGUUACCUAGAAGUAUUAGAGAAUUCUCUAGCAGAGGGUCUGACUGUGAGUUUUUAGAGAAGUGGGUGUGACUUGUUACCUAGAAAUAUUAGAGAAUUCUCUAGCAGAGGGUCUGACUUUGAGUUUUUAGAGAAGUGGGUGUGACUUGUUACCUAGAAGUAUUAGAGAAUCCUCUAGCAUGAAAUGGGGAUUUGGAGUUUUA